CCUCCCCAAGUUGAAAAUAUCUAAAAAAAUGGACCUAUUGGAGAAGGCAAAGAAGUACGUCGCCGACAAGAUCACGAACGUGGCGGUGCCGGAGGCAACAAUCGCGGACGUGGAUCUAAAAGGGUUCGGCCUGGACGGCAUCACUCUCCUCUCGAAGGUGUCCGUCUCCAACCCGUACGGCGUCCCCAUCCCGAUCGGCGAGAUCGCCUACACCGUGAAGAGCAAGGAGCGUGUGAUCGCCUCCGGCACCAUCCCCGACCCGGGCUCCCUCAAGGCCAGCGCCUCCACUCAGCUCGACGUCACCGUCAAGGUCCCGCACAGCGCCGCCAUUAGCCUGAUCCGCGACAUCAGCGGCGAUUGGGACAUUGACUACUGCUUGGAGCUGGGGCUCAUCAUCGACCUCCCUGUCGUCGGCAAUUUCACGAUUCCGAUGUCGUAUAAUGGUGAGAUGAAGCUGCCUACCGUCUCGGACUUGUUCUUUGGGUCGUCGGGUGAGACUGGUGACAAAGUUGAAGUCAAGUAAUCGACAUUGUUUUCUUUGUUUUAUGUGAUGAUACUUUUCCUUCCUAUCGAACUUUAUUGUUGUGCUUAUUUGCCGACUUUGUUAGGAGGUUUGAUUCUGUCUUACGUUUUUAAUUCACCUAUUUGCGUUUUCAAUCAAAUGUUUUUAGGCCAAUUUAUGUACUCUUUUUCUUCA